AUGUCGUCAAGCAUGUCUGAUUUGGAAGAAAAACUUUCCCAAGGUCUUAUUGACAUUGCCCAUCAUCUGGUAUCAGUUGCUGAAUUGCUGGAUCAAGCCCGGGAUCAAAUAGGCCUGAAAGAAGUGAAAAGGAAGGAGCCCAGGAAACCAAGAGACCCCAAUAAGCCCAAGUACCCCAAGUCGGCUUAUCUUUUGUAUAGUCAAGAUCAUCGUUCAGAAGCUAAGGCUGAGACGAAUGGUAAAUCCAGUGAUGUCAUGACGCUCCUUGGUCACAGGUGGAUGGCACUCAGUGAUGAAGCAAAGCAGCCAUACAGAAUCAGGGCUAAGGAGGCAAAGAAGAACUAUGAAAAGGAAAUGGAGCUAUACAACAACAAGAAGGCAAAGUUGACUGCCAGUAAUCAAAAUGGAGGGUCCGUCAAGGAUGAUACUAUGGGCGAUAAUGAUGAUGAUGAUGACACGUCUGAUGCAGAAUCAAGCGACUCGAGUUCAACGUCAAGCCAAGUUGCCGAACCCAAAGUUCCAUCCCAAAAGCCCACUAUUAUGACAUCGAAUUCAUCGUCAAGCCAAGUUGCCGAACCCAAGUUUCCACACCAAAAGCCCACUAUGGCAUCGAAAUCAUCACCAGGCCAAGUUGCCGAACCUGAUGUUCCAUCCCAAAAGCCCACUACGACAUCAAAUCCAUCGCCAAGCCAAGUUGCCGAACCCAAAGUUCCAUCCCAAAAGCCCACUACGACAUCAAAUCCAUCGUCAAGCCAAGUUGCCGAACCCAAAGUUCCAUCCCAAAAGCCCACUAUGACAUCGAAUUCAUCGCCAAGUCAAGUUGCCGAACCAAAAGUUCCACACCAAAAGCCCGCUAUGGCAUCGAAAUCAUCACCAAGCCAAGUUGCCGAACCUGAAGUUCCACCCCAAAAGCCCGCUAAGGCUAAGGAUGCUGCUACCAAAAAGAAGAAGAACAUCAUCAAACAACUUCUCAAGGGAAAGCACGCUUCCAAACACACCGAGAAACAUUUACUCAAGAAUAACAAACGCCCCAAUUCCAGCACAUCUCAUCAUCCACCAUCCAAAAAGUUUAAAAAGUCCAAGCACCCCAAACAUUAG